CGACCAGGUUCGAGCAGUCCCGCUCAGUCGUCUGGACCCUGCUCCCCCGCCGGGACCAGCGUGCCGACCGGCGCCUGCCAGCCGCCGCGUCAUGGGCCAGAAAACACCACGCGUUUACUCUGUGGAGCUUCAUGGACCUAAAGACAUCGAGAAAACAGACAAGGGGGAUGGCAAAGAGAAAUACCGGGGCCUGCAGGGUAACUGCUUGGAACCCAGAAAGCAUCACCGUAAAGAGGAGCUGAAGAAAGAACUUGAUUUGGAUGACCACAAGCUCAGCAAUAAGGAAUUGGAAAAUAAAUAUUGUUCAAACAUCAUUACGGGCCUCUCCAGCACCCAAGCUGCUGAACUCCUGGCUCGGGACGGGCCCAACAUCCUCUCCCCUCCCAAGGAAACACCAGAGAUCAUCAAGUUCCUGAAGCAGAUGGUGGGAGGGUUCUCCAUCCUUCUCUGGGUGGGAGCCAUCCUUUGCUGGACCGCAUAUGGGAUUCAGUACUCCAAUGACAAAUCCUCAUCCCUAGACAAUGUGUAUUUGGGCACCGUGCUCGCACUGGUCGUCAUUUUAACAGGAAUCUUUGCAUACUACCAAGAGGCCAAAAGCACCAACAUCAUGGCCAGCUUCAGUAAGAUGAUUCCGCAGCAAGCUCUUGUCAUUCGAGAUUCAGAAAAGAAGAUAAUUCCUGCAGAGCAGCUAGUGGUCGGAGACAUAGUGGAGAUUAAAGGAGGGGACCAGAUCCCUGCAGACAUCAGGCUGCUAUACUCUCAGGGGUGCAAGGUAGAUAACUCAUCUCUCACUGGAGAGUCUGAGCCCCAGCCCCGCUCCUGCGAAUUCACCCACGACAACCCCCUGGAGACCAAGAACAUUGGCUUCUACUCCACAACCUGCCUGGAAGGCACCGCGACGGGCAUGGUCAUCAACACAGGGGACCGCACUAUCAUUGGUCAGAUUGCCGCGCUGGCCUCAGGCAUCGGAAAUGAGAAGACACCCAUUGCCACUGAGAUUGAGCACUUCGUGCACAUCGUAGCUGGAGUGGCUGUGUCUAUCGGCAUCCUUUUCUUCAUCAUCGCGGUGUCCAUGAAGUACCGUGUCCUGGACUCCAUCAUCUUCCUCAUUGGCAUCAUUGUGGCCAAUGUGCCUGAGGGCCUCCUGGCCACUGUCACUGUGACUCUGUCGCUGACAGCAAAACGGAUGGCCAAGAAGAACUGCUUGGUGAAGAACCUGGAGGCAGUGGAGACGCUCGGCUCCACCUCCAUCAUUUGCUCAGACAAGACGGGGACUCUGACCCAGAACAGAAUGACCGUGGCCCAUCUGUGGUUCGACAAUCAGAUCUUCGUGGCUGACACCAGUGAAAACCAUUCGCAGCAAACCUUUGAUCAAAGCUCUGGAACCUGGGCCUCCUUAUCAAAGAUAAUCAUGUUGUGUAACCGAGCCGAGUUCAGACCAGGACAGGAAAGUGUCCCCAUCAUGAAGAGAGUUGUGGUCGGAGAUGCCUCUGAAACUGCUCUUUUGAAAUUCUCAGAGGUGGUUUUGGGUGAUGUGAUGGAAAUUAGAAAAAGAAACCGCAAAGUAGCAGAAAUCCCUUUUAACUCAACCAACAAAUUCCAGCUCUCCAUACAUGAGACAGACGACCCCAGUGAUAAGCGCUUCCUCCUGGUGAUGAAAGGGGCCCCUGAGAAGGUCUUAGAGAAGUGCAGCACCAUCAUGCUCAAUGGUCAGGAGCAGCCUCUGGACAAGAGCACAACUGAGGCCUUCCAUACUGCAUACAUGGAGCUGGGGGGACUGGGCGAGCGCGUGCUGGGUUUCUGUCAUCUCUACCUACCAGCAGACGAGUUUCCAGAAACUUACUCAUUUGAUGUUGAUGCCAUGAACUUUCCCGCGUCCAAACUCUGUUUUGUUGGGCUCUUGUCAAUGAUCGAUCCUCCUCGGUCCACAGUCCCAGAUGCGGUCACCAAAUGCCGGAGCGCGGGGAUCAAGGUUAUUAUGGUUACAGGUGAUCAUCCAAUCACAGCCAAAGCUAUUGCCAAGAGUGUGGGUAUCAUUUCAGCCAACAGUGAGACGGUGGAAGACAUUGCAAAACGCCUCAACAUUGCUGUGGAGCAAGUUAACAAACAGGACGCUAAAGCCGUGGUGGUAACGGGCAUGGAGCUAAAGGACAUGAACGUGGAACAGCUGGAUGAGGUCUUAACCAGCUACCCAGAAAUUGUCUUUGCCCGGACGUCCCCCCAGCAGAAGCUGCUCAUUGUAGAGGGCUGUCAGAGACAGGAUGCAGUCGUCGCUGUGACAGGGGACGGAGUGAAUGACUCUCCAGCUCUAAAAAAGGCGGAUAUUGGGAUUGCCAUGGGGAUAGCGGGGUCAGAUGCUGCCAAAAAUGCAGCCGACAUGGUCUUGCUGGAUGACAACUUUGCAUCCAUAGUCACAGGGGUAGAGGAAGGUCGCCUGAUCUUUGACAACCUCAAGAAGACCAUCGCAUACACUCUGACCAAGAACAUUGCUGAGCUGUGCCCCUUCCUGAUCUACAUCAUCGUUGGGGUACCCCUGCCCAUUGGCACCAUCACAAUCCUGUUCAUCGACUUGGGCACAGACAUCGUUCCCUCCAUUGCCUUGGCUUAUGAGAAAGCUGAAAGUGACAUCAUGAACAGGAAGCCUCGUCACAAGAAGCGGGACCGGCUGGUGAACAAGCCACUUGCCCUCUACUCUUACCUGCACAUCGGCCUCAUGCAGUCCCUGGGAGCUUUCCUUGUGUACUUCACUGUGUAUGCACAGCAGGGCUUCAGACCCAGCACUCUCAUAAACCUCCGGGUGGAAUGGGAGCAGGACUCUGUGAACGACCUGGAAGACAGCUACGGACAAGAAUGGACACGUUACCAGAGGAAAUACCUAGAAUGGAUGGGCUACACGGCUUUCUUUGUGGGUAUCAUGGUCCAGCAAAUAGCAGAUCUGAUCAUCAGGAAAACCCGGAGGAAUUCCAUCUUCCAGCAGGGUCUCUUUAGAAAUAAAGUCAUCUGGGUGGGGAUUGCCUCGCAAAUUAUCAUCGCCCUCAUCCUCUCCUAUGGCCUCGGAAGUGUCACAGCCCUGAAUUUCACCAUGCUCCGGCCUCAGUACUGGUUUGUGGCAGUGCCACACGCCAUUUUCAUCUGGGUGUAUGAUGAGAUACGGAAACUCUUCAUCAGACUCUACCCUGGAAGCUGGUGGGAUAAGAACAUGUAUUAUUAAGACCACCUCACUCCCCACGCCUCCCACCUGUACACUGGGGACGUUCCGCUCCAUCUUGUGGGCCGCUCACCUGGACGUCACUGUAUUAGGUGUCAUCAGAAUGCACAUGGGUGAAGGCGGAUGACCAUGUGAAAGACAUUCCAGGAUGUUUUGUACUUUAAAGCAGAGAUGUGACUGUGUAUAUAUAAUUUUCAUCUCUAUAGCCAUCUCCUUAUUUUAAAAGAUGUGAAUUUCAAGAUAAUAGUGUAGGGAAGAGUGACGUGUUUAUAUGUAUAUAAAGCUCACUCAUGUGAAAUAGUCUUGGGUAAUCUAGACACCUGCUGGGGUCUCCCUGCUCUGUAAGCCUUGGAUAGGAUUGCUCAGACCUCGAUCCCACCCAGUUAAAAGUCCAACAACCUCCCAAAGAUUUCUGUGACUUCCCAGAGAACUUAUAUUUUCAGUUACUUUGCUCAAAAAAGGUUGGUUCAGCUGACAGUUUGCAAGAGAUGAAAGUGACACCACAGCAACAUGGACCUCAGUUUUGACUCUGAGAUGUCCUUCUUAAAGGUCUUCAGCUCCCUGGCUGUACCCCCUCAACCAUCGUUUUUGUCCUCCCCUUCCUAGGAGGACUCCCUCCCUCUCACACUCUUUUCCUCCCCGACCACCAACUCCUCCAAAACAGAGGUCAAAGCCCAUCUUGCGUGUCCUGCUCCAGAUAGUCCCCUGACCCAAAAGGGUUUUCAUUUCCCAGGAUGCAACCUCAGUAGAGAACUGUUAUGGUUUAAAGCAGCAAUGUUUAUUUCUUGUCAAACAAUCACAAAUCACUCAUUUUACAUCCAUCAUGUUUCUUGCCUUGGUUUAGGUUGGUUCAUGUGUGACACAUGCAUCCAUGUUGACAGCCCCAGAGAGGCAUCGUUUUUAAGUAAAAGGUGUUUUAUAAAACCA